GCGUCUUCCGCCUUGGUCAUGCCGCCUGCCAAAGAUGCAGAGCAGAUGGCCGAGAAGAUCGCCGAGAAGAUCUUGGCGGAUCUGCCGGGAGAAGCGUCCAGCCAUUGGCAGAAACAUAUGCCACGGCAUGGGCUCAUGUGGAGGGAGACCGACUUUUGGGGCGAUCUGGCCCUAGACCUUCCGAAGAAACAACUUCAACGACCUGAAACCUGCAGGUGCAUCCACGACUGCAACUUCUGCCGGGAACAGCGGCAGACGCUGAAGGAAGAGAAACCCAGGCUCCCUACGCCCGGCUCGCGUGUCCAGUCGCCCUAUGUGGCGCCCUUUCUGAGACCAGGACGCCGCAGUCGGAGGAGUCAGCGCGACAUUUGGAAGCAUCGCGAGAGAGGUUACAAAGCAGGAGACAUCAGCUUGCAACGCAGGUGUAUAGAGUUGCACAUGCCCGCGCACGUGGUGUUGCACGACGACCUGCGUCGUAGUGACCAAGCAAUGUUGGAUGCAGAGGAACUUCUGAGUGGUCAAAGACGGAAAAAGGAGGCCGUGCGCGUGGCCUCGCGCCGCGCCGGCACCGCGCCCGGCCGCGCGCGGCAAAGCGCGGCGCCGCGGUCGCCGCGGUCGCGCCGCAGCUCGGUGGGCGCAGCAAGCCCCGAGAGCCCCGCGGAGGACGAGGCCGACGACAAGACAACGGAAGAUGUGCAAGCGAUUUUGAGAUACCGGGAACGCCGUCAGUCGGUGCUCUGCGAGCGGCCGCCUGCGGCUCCGGAGGAGAGAGACCGGAAGCCCCGGGUGGACUGGAAACCCCGCGUCACGGUGACCUUCCAACGUAAAGAGCCCGUGCUGUCGCAAGAGGAUGGUCCAGUGGAUGAAAAGACCAUGGAGAAUGACCUGGGUACGAGAGCCCGGCGCUUGGUCUACCGGCAGAAGCAGAAGUCGGCGAUGGACCGUUCCGCGAUCCGUGCAGAUCGGCGGGCGCACAAGGAGGCAGCCAGUUCGCUGAGGGAAUUGGCGCGUUUGCAGCUCCUCAAGGAAGGCGAUCGCAUUGUGGAGCUGAUCCGCGCCAAAGACGAGGCCAUGAUUCAGGAGGACUUCCACCGUUACGAUGAGGACGGCAACGGCCAGCUUCAGCUCACCGAGAUCCGAGGAGUUUUGGAAGAUGCCGGGCUCUUGCCCAAGAACGACGAGGAGAAGGCCAGCGUGCGGCGAACCAUCGUGAACAUGGCCUUGAAGGUGGAGGAUGGCGAGACGGACGAGGAGAAGGAACUGGCCGAGGCCAAAGGCAAUGAGCUUUUGGUGCAGCAAGGCCAGGAGCAGUUAGCUCGCUCCGUAGAGCUGCAGCAGGAACAGAUGCCGGAGCUCUUGCAACGCAUCAGGAAGCGUCUGCGAGUGGCCCAGCGGAAGGUCUACUUCGCCUGCUUCACCAAGUUCGACAUGUUGGAUGAAGGUGAGUUGGCGAUUACGGAAGUCUUGCAGGUCUUGCAGGAGUUGAAGCUUCUACCGGAUUUGGAUGAGGCUCGGAGUGACUUUGCUCGUUGGGUUCUGAGUACCGUGAAGGGCCGCGAGAGCAAAGUUCAGUCGGUGGCUUCGGAAGACUUGGACAAGAAGAAACGGCAAGCGGCCAAGGCCAAAGCCAAGCUUCGCACCAGCAAGACCGGCACGGAGCGCCCGGGCUCCCGUUCCGAACGUUCCGAGCGCCCGGGCUCCCGAGAACGGCCCAGUUCACGCGAGCACGAGGAACCUGAGACUUUGGAAAGCUCCAG